AUGGCCUCAAUGCUAAAGGCGCCAUUCACUCCCCUCCUCUACCUAAGCCGCCGAUUCCGUCAAGACCAAGACUGGACCUACCGACAAGCCCUAUCAAACACACUGAUAAAAAUCUUCCUCCAAGUCUUCGUAGCCUUCCGCACAAAACCACCCCUGUCCCUAAAACCAGGCCUAGAAGGCGACCGCUUCGUCCAAAUCGUACCAGGCCCCGAAGAUCUAUACACAGGAAUAACCGUCGACGACGAAAUCCACCCAGAAACCAUAGGCGGAACCUGGUUCCCAACAGCCUACUCCUACACCACAACAACCUCCUCAGACAAACACAUCAUCCUCCACUUCCACGGUGGCUCCUACAUCAUCGGCGACGGCCGCACACUAUCCUGCAAAUUCCUCGUAGACAACCUCCUAGCCCACUCUCCCUCCAGCCACGUCUUUAGCCUCCAAUACCGCUUAGCCUGCAACCCGAACAGCCGCUUUCCCGCCCAACUCCAAGACGCCAUAACCGCCUACUGCUACCUAACCCACAGCCUGCACAUCCCCGCCUCGCGCAUCGUCCUCAGUGGCGAUUCCGCAGGCGGUCACCUCGUCCUAGCCCUCCUCCGCUACAUAGCAGACUAUGACGACGAGAAGAUCCUUCCACCACCAUCAUGCAGUUGGCUCUUCUCGCCGUGGUGCGAUAUCCCCGGCUCAAGGAAUACAGCAUUAUGGAAUACCCUGCCGAACGCAACGGUGGAUUAUGUCCCGCCCUCGUUCCCGGCGUGUGGGGCGAAGCACUUAAUCGGCAAUCUGGAGCUAAAUAGGGCUGUUGAGCCUUAUCUAGCACCGAUUUGGCAUCCGUUUGCGCUGCCUUCGCCUAUGCUAGUUGUUAGUGGUGGCCGGGAGGUUAUGUGUCAGGAGCAUGAGCGGUUGGCGAGGCAUUUGCGGAAAUUGCCGCAGAAUGAGGGCCGCGUGGAGUAUUUCGUGCAGGAUAUUUCGCCCCAUGAUGUUUUGAUGGUGGGGUGGAUUAUGAAUUUUAGGAAGGAGGCUGCGCAGUGUGCUGAGUCUGCUGGUUGCUUUUUGACAAAGCUUCAGGCUAUGUCGGAUGAGAGUGAAGUUCCGGUUUUGGCUUUUGAGGCUUGA